UUCUAAUAAAAUUAUUUUCUAAUGUGUAAUGUAAUAUUUAUGAAUUCUUUAUUAAUUCCGUUUUACUAUUGCAAACUAUUCAAUACGAAGUAACAGUAAAUUUCUAUUCAAACAGUAUAUAUUAAGAACUAAUCUCACAUAACUUGAACUUGAACGUAAGCAAAGUCUCAGUAAUCACCACUGGAGCAUCUCCCUUCCACCGCCACCUCGCCAGCGCCACCACACAAUACAUUGUUAUGUUAAUCUCGGCUUAUUAGUCAUAAAUCGAAAAUAUAUAUUUUCUAUUGAGAAGCUUUGUAAAAAUUUCUUAAUUUAAAUACGAUAUUUACACACUUUCGGUGACCAAUAUUUGCGCAACGAAAUUUAGUUUCUCUCCGAGCUUCUACGCAGACACGGCGACGCAUUAGACGAUUGUGUUAUAGCGCCCAAAAGGGGGCGUAAUAUAUAUAAUUAAUGUUUACUGCAGUGAUAAAUGCUAAUAGUAUGAAUGUGUAAAGACUACAAGCAAUAAAAAGUAUUAAAUACAUUUUUAUUAAAAACUAUAAAUUCUCAACAUUAUAUGCCGCUGACGUCUAACACAGCAUUUCAGUGAAAAAAAAACUUUUUCUUCUUAAUUUCAAGUGUAUAUUAAAAAAUAAAAUGUCACCACUACUGAUUUUGGUUACCAUGACUUGCUUACCGUUUUCUUGGGCCUUUUCGACACAAUAUUACGGCAAUACGAAGCACCCAAUUCAACCAAAACACUGUUAUUAUGAAGAAUUAGACUUGGCGGUGCCCGUCAAUAAAACAUUGUAUCCUACGGAUAUUGAAUUUGAAUGUAUAACGGUCACGUGUCGCCAUGACUAUGUGCUGAUGAUAAAACACUGUGACCGUUAUCUGCUACGACCUGGCUGUAUUGAGAAACCGCCGGAUUAUAGCAAGCCUUAUCCCGAUUGUUGUACACAAAUAAAAUGUAGCGAUUAAAUUAAAUGAUAAUUUGUGGUUUGGAAAACUAAACUUACAACACUAGGAAAAAGUUCGUAAACUUUAUUUAAUAAUUUUAAUAAUAUUUUGCAUUUAAUCAAUGUUUUAUUAUUAAUUUAAAACUUGCAUAUACAUAGUAUGUAUGUACAUAUGCACAUUUGAAAGAUCUUUUUUAAUCCAAUCCGUCUCGCAUACAAAAUGUUGAUUUAAAUUCAACCAAGCCGAAGAAAGAAAAUUCGACUAGAUUGUUUUAAUUGCUUUUUUUUCGAUAUUGUAAUCAGAUUUAUUGUUAUAUGUACAUAUAUUUUUUGGCAUAUUGGCCU